AUGUUGAAGUCCAAUCAAAAUUCAGUGCAACAAAGUGAUCGACAACUUAUGAAACACAUGUGUAAGCUGUGCAACAAAAGCUUCCCCUGUGGUAGAUCCUUGGGAGGUCACAUGAGGUCUCACGUGAUCAACUCCACCGAUCAUCAUCACAAGAUGAAGUUCUCAUCUGUCAACAACAAUGACAGAAACAUGAUGGAUAACAACAACACAUCAGUCCUCAAUGGCUCUUCAAACUCGAAUGAUUUGGGUUAUGAGCUGAGAAAAGAUCCCAAAAAGACUCUGAAAGCAAAAGAUUCAAGUGAACCCCACGACAACUGUUUGGUUGUUCUUGAUAAGCUUUGUAAAGAAUGUGGAAAAGGUUUUCAAUCUUGGAAGGCCUUGUUUGGACACAUGAAAUGUCACUCCGACAAAGUCUUAAACACCAAAACCGCAAUUUUGAAUCAAGAUUCUAAGAUUAGUCAAUCUGGUAUUGACAAUUUGGGUACAAAACUCCGUCAAAUGAAGAAAUCAAGAUCAAGAAAUGGAACAACCAAAAAGUCGAUAGUUGCUUGUGCUACCACUCCUACUGUUACCACCACCACCACAACCACCACCACCACCACCGCUACCGCUACAGCUUCAUCUUCGGUUUCCAUGAAUGCUAACCAUGCUUCAACAAGUGUUGUUUCUUAUAUGGAUCAAGAACAAGAGGUAGAGAUUGCUAUGUGUUUGAUCAUGCUUUCCAGAGAUGUGGGAAAAUGGGGCAAGAAGAUAACUGGAAAUGGUUGUAAGAUGAAGAAGUUAACAGAAUCAGAAGUUGAUUUUGAAAUCCAUGGAAGAUCUGAGAUGUGUUUUAACGAUUUCGGGAAAACAACAAUCAAUCAAGAGGAAUUUGACGAUCAAAACAAGAGAAAGUUUGAGUGUACUACUUGUAACAAGAGUUUUCACUCUUAUCAAGCACUUGGUGGGCAUAGAGCAAGUCACAACAAGUUAAAGGGAUGUUUUGAUUCGAAUAAUGACCACAAAAACAAGAUUGAAAGCAAACCCGUGUUAGAUCAUGAAGAUAUGAUUAAUGGGUGUUGUGAAAAAACAUCUGAUAAUCAUCAUUCAACAUCAAGUUUCAAUCUUGGUGGUUCUUUGAAGAACACGUUGCUAGGAGCUCAUGAGUGUUCAAUUUGCUUUAAAAUUUUCCCAUCAGGACAAGCUUUGGGGGGUCACAAGAGAUCACACUUGAUUGCUGAGGCUAAACUGAAUCAACAAAACCCAAACUUGGUCGAGAAAUUGGAGAAACCAAUUCAGGAAAUCCGAGGUUUUAUUGAUCUAAACAUGCUUCCUGAUCCUACAGAAGAAGAAGAAGAACAGCAACAAGAGAUAAUGAUGGGGGACACAAGUACCACAGGGACCGAGUAUAAUCCAUGGUGCUACAACCAUGCAUCAACAUUACUUGGUUUGCUUUCAACAAGCUAA